AUGUCGGGUCCCCCGGCCUCACCGAGCCAGGUCAGCAUCAAUAUUGAUUUAGAUGCAGCAGCAGCAAUUCAGCAGCGGAUUCUACAGGCAAAACCAACAUUAUCCCAGCCCCCCGCUGGCUAUGCACCUCAACCACAUCCUUCUCAGCCUACAGCACCGGCUAAGCUGACUUCAGCGCCGACAGAAAUUCCGACGUCUGGUAAUGUUCAAGUUGAUGUAGCCCCUUCAAGUCGGCAACCUGAAACAGGAGCUGUACCUGCCCAAGCGGGCGUUGUUGCUGCUCCUGUGGGUGCGGAGAAGGCUCCAUUGCCUGGACUUCAGCAACAUUCACCAGUAGCUUCAGAUCAACGAAGAGAUUCGGGUGCGUCGAAUACCGGGAGGAAAGGUCGAGGGUAUAAAGCAAAAAGAGUUUUCAAGGUGAGUGUUUUUUAAUUUUGUCUUGUUUUGCUUUUAGGUAGAAGGUAAAAGAAUUUAUAAAGCUAUACAGGCUGUUUUUGGGUCUGAAUCUGCAUGAUGCUUUGAAAAAUUUUUUAUGUUUCCUCAAGCCAUCUAAAGUCAUAAAAUCAUAUCGAAAUUCGUUGGAAUUUAUUUUGUCUUGAACUUUUUUCAUAUUUUAAUGGCAUAAUAUUUGUAGGUGAUCAUAAUUGGAGACGCCGGAGUUGGCAAGACCUGUCUUUCUUUCCGUUUUUGCAAUAACCGCUUCCCUCAACAAACAGAAGCCACAAUUGGAGUCGAUUUUCGAGAACGCACGCUGCCACUCGAAGGGGAAUUGAUAAGAGUUCAGGUCAGUUUUUCCUUUCUUUUCUGAUAUUUAGAAUCACAAAUUGACCAAAGCCUGGGAUCACAUCAAGUUUAUAUUAUUUUAGCUGUGGGACACAGCUGGUCAAGAACGAUAUCGUCAGUCGAUUGUAGCCCAUUACUAUCGAAAUGUGAAUGCUGUGGUUUUUGUUUACGAUGUGAACAGUCCAAAAUCGUUCAAAUCUCUGCCUUUGUGGAUCAACGAGUGCAAGAAACACGGGGUUACAUCUGAUGAGGUUCCGCAUAUCCUAAUUGGGAACAAAGUGGAUUUAAGUGCUCCAAAUCGGGUUCGGACUGAUGAAGCGCAGGUGUGUUUGGGGUGUAAAUGAGUUUAAAUUAUAUUUUAACUUGUUUUGUGGUGUUAUUUAGAAAAUGUUAUAUUUUUUAGGUAUGAAUUUUGAGAAUUUUGAAAAAAAGAUGAGAUUUUCACGCGGUUUUUGAUGGUUGAUGCUAUUUUUAAGUGGCAUUGAGGUGUUUAGGGACUAGUGGUGACAUGAAAAGGGAAUAGACAUUCUUUAGACAUUGUUAUAUUACACUUUCCGUCAAUUUUAUAUUAUCUAUGAUGAUUUUUUAAAUUUUGUUGUAGAGUUUCUCAAAAAGGCGAAAGGAAUAGAUCUAGCCCCUUAAACGACUUUUUAAACUUUGUAAAUAUCAUUUUUCAGGUCUUCGCUGACCAAAACGACAUGGCUUUGUUCGAAACCUCAGCGCUCUCCCAGUCCGAAGCCGACCAUGUUGAAGCCAUUUUUAUGACCUUGGUCCACAAACUCCAACAAUGCAAACCGAUGCAUGUCCAAACGGAGACCGAAAGGCAUCAAAGAGAAGAGAAACUCCUCCUCAAAGCAUCGGAUUUGAAACCAACACCAGACGCUGAGGGAUGGUGUUGUUGA